AUGACAACCAAUAUUGUCACACCACAGUUGAGCACCAUCUACUUGACAACUUAGCACGAGCUUCAAUCUCGUAUCCACCUGACUUUGGUUGAGAAAAUAUAUUUGUUUACGUUUGUUUACAUUUUUUUUUACGAUCAAGGUAUUGUAGUUACGUGCUAAAGUUAGUAUAGUACCAUGCCUUAUCGUAACGAAGUUCUAUGCGGUAACUGGAGCGAAGAAAGAUUGAAAAAUGAGUACGAGUUCAAAUUGUUUCUGCGGAAACGCGACAGAAAGGAGUUGUUGCUGCAAAAGUCAAGGACUCUGUUUAGCAAUCUUCUCAUGGAAAGACCUCUUGCUAUAAGCGGCAUGUUUGUGUUAUUUGGUUAUAAUGUUCAAGUCGUCGCAUUGGAUAUGCCAGCGACAGAAACAAAUGGUAAGAAGCAAUAUGGACUAGCUUUGUCUGGCUUGGUCACUGCUCGUCAGGUGGACUAUAUGCAAAAUAUCAAUGAUGGCUGCCUCAUGACUCUGUCGCCCAUCAUCACGCCAUGCUGUCGGAACACUUUUGUUAUACUCAGUACUAAAGAUGAAAGUAUUCACGGAGAGAAAGUGAAUUAUGGUGAUGAGUUUUUAUUGAAAGCGGAAAACUACGGUGAUCCCGAUGCGGCGCCACUCUAUGUGCGCUAUAACCCGGAAGGAACUCCUGCCCCCAAGGACGUCAUGCCUAUCCGUUUAAGCACAAGUAAAGAUACCAAUUGCCGUUGGACUACCUCACCUCUGUGUACAAAGGACAAUCUCGAAUUACUUGGCAGUCCCAUCAGGACUGGUACGAAGUUACUUAUAAAGAAUUGUGUUGCGGAUACAAAUCUUGCGGUCAUGAAUCAAAACUGGAUGACAACCUUUUUUGGACCUGAAUGUGGAGUAACUUGUCGUAAUUACCUCAAUAUUCACAAGAAGUUUACUGCUGAGAAUGUUUUUGCCCUAGUUAGUGAUGUUGAAACAAAAAAGCAAGACAAAGACUGAAAUUGUUACGUUUUUUGUUUGUUUCUCCUUUUGGGACGAUCUUCUUAAUUAAAAAGUGAAUUGAAAUUUGAAGUCUACUUCACUUGUUUAUUAAUUAAUAUCC